GCCCCCAAUCGCAACGCAUCGUCUCCAUCCAUUUCCUUCGCCUUCUCAACGCCCCCGCCUGUACAAUCUUCGCUCUCUUUACCUUCUCUACCAUUGCUCUUGUUGGAGCCAUGGAUUCAGCUGAAAUAAACUAGACCGUGGUACACUAAUACUACGCAUGACGAUUUCUGGGGGUACUCAACGGACAACGUACACUCCAAUCCCUGGCAAUUGGGCAGGGCACUCCUUAUAAACCCUGAACCCUAAUUCUCUGGACCUUAAAUCCUAAAUUAUUUCUGAGUCUCAUUAGUAGCAGGAGAACAAUAUUAUGGGAGCCGUGGAUACAUCGUGUUUCGGAGCGAGGUUUGCGUAGCGGGACUUAUCGAGAGCAGUUUAGCGAUGGCUGGCGCCUUAUUCUGGCCUGCCAGCAGGCUAGCCCCUGGAACCUUGACGAAGGGAAUGUUCCUGGACGAGGUGUCUCGCUGCAUUCAUAGGUCGCAGCGGAGGCUUUUCGCUGCGAAAACGGGUAAAGUGACAGUUGUGGCAGGGCCAAGGAAGAAAGUCGCGAAGGUACGGAAACCGGUGGAAGAGAUUGCUGUGAAAGAAAGCGAGAUAUGGACGUCUCGUGCGGGAUGGGCUUGUGUGAAGAACUGUGGAGCUUGCUGCGUGUUGGAUAAAGGACCAGAUUAUCCACCCAUUGAAGAGGUUCUCAGUGACCCCGCAGAAGCUGCUUUGUACCGUAGUAUGGUCGGUCCGGAUGGGUGGUGCAUAAAUUACGAUAAGCUCUCUCGGUCCUGCACAAUUCAUGCAGACCGACCUCGAUUUUGUCGCGUUGAGCCUGAAACCUUCAAGGUCUUGUAUGGCAUUGAGGAAAAGGAUAUGGACAAAGAGGCCUGUGGGUUUUGCAAGGACCAGAUAAGGAGUGUCUAUGGUGGCCGGUCGAAGGAGCUCAAGACGUUCCAGCGAGUCGUCAGGAAUUUGAACAAAAGGACGUGAGAAUUGGGUCAUCGUUACAGAAUUGAAGUUCAGUUCUUCUGGAUUGUUUUGUUCGUGUUAGGGCUGUGCGUUUCUGAGGCGCAAUCCUCACGGUUUGCUACUUAUUUCAAGUGGUUUCAGAAACACACACAGCUUCUGUGAUGUGAUGCAAUGGCUAGUGGCAGCGAGUAUCAAGGAUGUUUGUAGUCACUCCAAUUUGCGGUCAAACUGCUCAAGAUGCUAACAUUUCUCACAAACUCGUCUUAAUGCGUGAGCCCUCGGAGUCCCUCCCUGACUCGAAACCCUAAAUCUAAAACAAAUGAGUUCAACCCACAAAGCGUUGAAUGUUUCAUGCCUA